AUGGAGCCCAUCCCUCUGCUCACGCCCUACAAGAUGGGCCAGUUCGAGCUGUCGCACCGGGUCGUGCUGGCGCCCAUGACGCGGCAGCGCGCCUACGGCGGCGUGCCGCAGCCGCACGCCGCCCUCUACUACUCCCAGCGCGCCACCCCCGGGGGGCUCCUCAUCUCCGAGGCCACGCGCGUCGCGCCGGCAAGGGAGGACGAGGAGCCGACGUCGUUCAGGGACAUGCCGGGGGUCUGGGCGGCCGAGCAGGUCGAGGCGUGGAGGCCCGUGGUCGACGCCGUGCGCGCCGAGGGCGCCGUCAUCUUCUGCCAGCUCUGGCACGCCGCCGCCGGCGACGGCGAUGCCGUCCCGCAAAGGCAGCUGGUGAGCCCGCAGAUGAGCUUCGACGGCCGCCGCGAGGAGCUGACGUCGCCGAGGAGGGUGGCCGCCGAGGACGCGCCCGCCGUCGUCGACGCCUUCAGACGCGCCGCCAGGAACGCCAUCGAUGCCGGCUUCGACGGCGUCGAGCUCCAAGGCACCAACGGCUACUUCGUCGUCGACGACGGCGGCGGCCCGGAGAGCCGGUGCCGGUUCGCGCUGGAGGUGGUGGAGGCAGUGGCGCGGGAGAUCGGCGGCCACCGCCUGGGCCUGCGGCUGGACCAGUUCACCGCCGGGCCCGACGAGCACGCGCUGGCGCUCCACGUCGUGAGCCGGCUCAACGACCUCGGCGUGCUCUACUGCCACAUGAUCGAGCCCAAGGUGGACGGCCGGCGGCGCGUGUCCCGGCGGCUGCUGCCGUACAGGGAGGCGUUCCGCGGCACGUUCAUCGCCAGCGGCGGGUACGGGCGGGAGGAGGGCGACGCGGCCGUCGGCGAGGGGUACGCCGACCUGGUGGCCUACGGGCGGCUCUUCCUGGCGAACCCGGACCUGCCGAGGAGGUUCGAGCUGGGCGCGCCGCUCAACGACUGCGUCAGCGCCACCUUCUACGGCGCCGGCGCCGGAGCCGCCCACCCCGCUGUCGGAUACACCGAUUACCCCUUCCUAGAAUGA